AUGAUCUUUAUCAGACAUCGACAUCUAUUCACUCAUUUCUUCAGUCACUCACUUCAUUACACAUUUCUUAGAACGGUACAAUCACAAGUCAAGAUGCGCUUCGAAGUCGUUGCCCUCCUGGUCGCAAGCGUUAGCUCUGCCUCUGCUUCCUUCUACUGCAAGCGCCCCGGUUUCCGCCACGGCAACCAGGGAUACGGUGGAAACUGUCGCGCUGAGGAACUUGCUUCGUGCAGGACCAACACUAAGGCUGGCCAAUGGCCCGCUUGCGCCAACAACAAGCCUCACGUCCAGUGCUGGGUUGAAAUUUACGACAAUGGGUCGAAGCGUGGCACCGACUGCUACUACUGGGACGGCGCCUGGUAA